UGGCUCGAUUGUUUGUGCCAAUUCUAACGUAAAGAAGCCAAUUCCCUUGGUCGGGGUUGUAUAAAACCCGAGUGACUUCUUCAACUGCCAAACAUUGUUGCAGAGUUUCCCCAGCGAAGAUGUUCAAAGUUGUGUUCCUUUUGUGCGGAGUGUUCGCUGUCCUGAUCCAGGCUCGCCCCAGCUACUUGCCCAGCUAUGAGCACGUGGAAUACGCACCCAGUGUGCUGGGAUACGAGAGUUACGCCCUUCCAGCCGCCGUGUCUCACCAGAGUUCCACGGUGGUGCACGAGAAACGUCCCUACUGGCGCCCCGUUGUGGAUCACACGCCCAUCCUGAAGGCAGCCUAUGCUCCAACUACUUCGAUCUCGUAUGCUCCACUUGGAUACGCUGGCAGCAGUGCGGGAUGGUACGAGCCGGGAAUUUGGGGAGGAGCCAGUUACCCCAGCAUUUACCUGAAGUAG